AUGACCGCGCCCAUCGCCCUGGACCUUGGUGUCUCGCAGGGCAACUUCGCCUGGGUUCUCGGAACAUACUCGCUCGCGUUCGCUGCCACUCUCCUCUUUGCGGGCCGACUCUCGGACCUCUACCCUCCCAGCAAAGUGUACACAAUUGGCUUCUUCGGCAUGGGCGUCCUUUACCUCAUCAUCUCCUUCAUGGAGAACCAAUAUGCCUUCUUCGUUCUACGGGCUGUCUCGGCACUGCUGGCCGUUCUCACGAUCCCUUCUUCCAUCAACAUGAUCGUUCAAAUGUACCCCGAACCUACGGAGCAGGCGAAGAAGUUGACCCUCUUCGGCAUGGCGGGAGCGCUUGCCAACACUCUGGGCUUGCUCCUUGCCGGCGUUUUCCUCCUCGCCUCGUGGCGCUGGUACUUCCGCUUCAUCGCCAUCGUCGUCCUCCCCUUUAGUGUUCUGUGCUGGUACAUCAUGCCGACCACCGAGGCCGUGGCCAGUGAUCUCCCCGGCACUGAGAAGUGGAAGCGCAUGGACCUCGCUGGUGUCCUUGGCUUGAUGGCCAUCCUCGUCCUCUUCAUCCUCGCCUUUACCCAGGUCGAGCACGACGGCUGGAACUCGGCCAUCUUCAUCGCGCCUCUCGUCAUUUCGGUCAGUCUCCUCCCAGCCUGGCUGUACUGGGAGCACCGUCUUCCGCGCGGAUUCAGCCUCCUCCCGCACGACAUCUGGUCGUACCCCAACAUCUUCCCCCUCAUUAUCCAGGCCUCCUCCAUCUUUAUGUGGUUUGCGACUUACCAGCUCCGCCUCGCUACGUACUGGCAGGAGGUCGACCACGUCAGCUCAAUCCUGGCCGCCGCUCGCCUCCUCCCCAUGGGCGUCGUCGCACUGCUCGUCGGUGUCCUCACGCAGCCGUUCCCAGCGCUUAUUCUGCGCCCGCGCUACAUCCAGCCUGUCGGCUCUGCCCUCGCCUUCUGCGGCUCCAUGCUCCUGGCCUUCUCCAACGGCGGCCGCGGCGCCGACUACUGGAAGUACGUCUUCACGGGCGAGAUCAUCGGGACAGCGGGCGGCAUGAUUGUCUUCAUCGGUACCAACACGAACAUCAUCCAGUCGUUCCCCCUCGAGUUCGCCGGUGUCGGCGGCAGCUUUGCCCAGGUCAUCUACCAGAUUGGCGGCGUCGUCGGAAUCGCGGUCCAGCAAGGCCUUCUUGGCACGGGUGAAGGCAUCAGCGACUGGACGGGCUCGAAGAACGGCUAUUUCUUCACCUCAGCGUACAUCCUGUUCACAGGCAUCGUCUUCGUCCUGUGGUACCGCCAGUCGAAGAUGCCCGUCCGCGAGGGCGGUCCCGCCCCGGUCGCCUGA